GAUCUCCCCACUGCAGCCAGUCCCAGAGUCGGCGGCCUUUUCAGCUUUGUGCUUCCAACAGAGCAGCCUUCGUGGGUCGCCUUUCCUGAAAUUGCUCCCCCGCUCCCGCCUUUGGAAAGAAACGAAGACAAAACUGGGAGGGUAUUUUCCUGGCUUCUUCCUCCUCCCUCCCUCCCUCCCUAGUCUCUCUCGCUCUCGCUCUCUCCCCUCGCUCUCUCCCCCCCCCUUCCCCGCCACCCCGCCCGCUUAAACCAAUUACACCGCUUUGCAAAUAAAGUGCCGCCCCGGGGGAGUUGCAAGCGAAGUGGAACUGCCGUGUUUGCAGGUGCAUCCGCGGGCUUUGUAGGUGCGAACGUCUUUGUGCGGCGGACAAAUGAGGAGCGGCGGCGGAGGAGGUGGGCGCUGCUGCGACGUAAGCUCCACAUCAGCUCCACUCCGCUCCCAUCCCAGCCGGCACUUCCUCGAGCGGCGGCUGGCCACGCACCGCUCCCUGCCUCCCGCCCGGGGCUUGCGCCAGCCCUGCGCCAGCCUUGGGGGGGCUCCCUCGCGCGCCGCCAGAAGGGGCUGGAUGGUGACACCGGGCAGGGGGGCUCCAGGAUGUUAGGGGCUGUGAAAAUGGAAGGGCACGAGACCAGCGAGUGGAACAGCUACUACGCCGAGACGCAGGAGGCUUACUCAACGGUUCCCGUGAGCAACAUGAACACCGGCCUGGGCUCCAUGAACUCCAUGAACACGUACAUGGGCAUGAACGCCAUGACCACCAGCGGCAACAUGACGUCGGGCUCGUUCAACAUGUCUUACGCCAACCCGGGCCUGAGCCUGAGCCCCGGCGGGACGGGCGGCGCCAUGAACGGCAUGUCUGCCAUGGGUUCGGCGCUGAGCCCGGGCGGCAUGAGCGCCAUGGGCGGCCCUCAGGCCCCUCUGAACGGCCUGGGCGCCUACCACGGGGCCAUGGCGCCCUGCAUGAGCCCCAUGGGCUACGCGCCGUCCAACCACCUGAGCCGCGCCGGCGGCCGCGAGGCCAAGAGCUUCAAGCGCAGCUACCCGCACGCCAAGCCGCCCUACUCGUACAUCUCGCUCAUCACCAUGGCCAUCCAGCAGGCGCCCAGCAAGAUGCUGACGCUGAGCGAGAUCUACCAGUGGAUCAUGGACCUCUUCCCCUACUACCGCCAGAACCAGCAGCGCUGGCAGAACUCCAUCCGCCACUCGCUCUCCUUCAACGACUGCUUCGUCAAGGUGGCCCGCUCGCCCGACAAGCCCGGCAAGGGCUCCUACUGGACGCUGCACCCGGACUCGGGCAACAUGUUCGAGAACGGCUGCUACCUCCGCCGCCAGAAGCGCUUCAAGUGCGACAAGCAAGCCGCCGCCGCAGCCUCCAAGGCCGGCCAGGGCGGGAACGGGACGGCGGGGGCGGCCGGAGGGGAAGGCAGGAAAGACCCGGCCGGCGGGGGCUCGCCUCUGCACCGCGGCCAGCACAAGGGAGGCCAGCUCGAGGCCGCCCCGUCCAACCCCGGCGGCGCCGGCAGUCCCCCGGCCUUGGACCACAGCACCGGCGCCAACGAGCUCAAGCCCUCCGUGGCAGCGGCGGCGGCGGCGGCUGCGGCGGUGGCAGCCGCCUCUAUGCAGACGGGCCCGGCCUUGCCCUCGCUGGGCCAUCCGGGCCACCCGCUGGGCCACCACGAGUCGCAGCUGCACCUCAAGGGCGACCCGCACUAUUCCUUCAACCACCCCUUCUCCAUCAACAACCUCAUGUCCUCCUCGGAGCAGCAACACAAGCUGGACUUCAAGGCCUACGAGCAGGCGCUGCAAUACUCCUCGUACGGGCCCGGCUUGCCCGGCGGGUUGCCCCUCGGCGGCGCCUCUAUGGGCGGCAGGGGGGGAAUCGAGCCCUCGGCCCUGGAGCCCUCCUACUACCAAGGUGUGUAUUCCAGACCGGUCCUAAACACCUCGUAGCUGGCAGGGACUUGACGGGCCAAGCCGGCUGCAGCCUCCGGGCCUGGCCGCUCCAGAUCUCCCGCCACACUGGCGAGGCGUCCCCCGCCCCAUCCCAAUCGUACAAUCCGUGCGAAACGCGGAAGGUGGGCAGAAAGGGGGGGAAAGAGCGAAAGGACUGUUACUUUACUAUUGUAUCCCAAUGCAUCGUGUUUAUUCUGUUUUGAACUGGAAAGUCCAUCGGUUCCCCCUCCCCACACACACACGCACGCACACGCGCACGGACACACACACACUGUAUAUAUCAGCCUUGUCUACCCCACCUCAUGACCACUGUAGACUUUGGAAAGACAGGCAGACAGUGGAUUUCUCCCCCUGCUUCCCCUUCGGUGUACCUUCACCAGAUUUACAGGUUUGUGGCAGUAUUUUAUCCCGUGGAGAUAAAGAACCAAAGCUAGACAUUUAGAUUGCGAAAGGGUAAGGAAGCCUUCGAGGAUCAUGCCAGUGCUGAGAAGCAGUCAGACCCGCCCCCCCCCCUCCUCAAGAGUGGUGAAGUGUGCAGCUGAACCGACAGGGAGCUUCAGCCGCCCUCCUGGCACUUAGGGAAACCGCGGGAGUCGUGGCAAAAGCACAACCCCUCCUCAGACGUUGUGACCUUUUGGGGAAGCCACCCUGGGGAGGUCCCAGACACAGCCCUCUGGUCUGCAGCCCGAGCGUGAACCCUCUGGGCUCAUAACCUAUAGCAGGAGAGUGGGGAGUUGGAGUUCCAGAUGGGACUGCCGCCUCUCUUACGUACAUUGCCUGGGAUUGGGCUUUGAGACAGUCCCACAGGUCACUGAAGCCAUUUAAGGGAGCUUUCUUGCCCCCACCCCAAGCUGUUACUGAUGAGUCUCCUUCACCAGGAGAUUUCCUGGCCACGUGGAGGAUCCCCCCCUUCUUGAACGCUCCGGCCCUUCUUCCUGACUGCCGUCAAGGCAGCCCCCGUGUCCGGGGGGGGGGGGAAAGGGGGGGGCUGCAAUCUUUCCGGCCUCCCCCGCAGCCUGGUCUCAGCCAGAGGAAGAAAUUCUCCCCUUUUCCACAGAUCAUUCAGUAAUGGGGAAGUAAAAAUAGCCCCCCCCCCUCUUCCCGGGUUUGUUGUGGCCGCUGAAUUAUUGCCGUUGUUAGCACGUUCAUUCAGUGUUAAUGCACUUUCCACUGUUUUUACACAAUGUUUUUAGCAUAGCCAGACAGGUGUUUUUGUUUUAAGUUUUCCUUAUUCCUUCUGUUGGCUUUCUCAUUGCUCUUAAUUUAUUUGCAUGGUUUAUACUUUUCUUUCUUUUUCAGCUUGAAAUUGCUUUCAAUGACGGUUUUAAAAUGACUCAUUUUAAAGGGAAAAAAAUUAAAAUGUUAAUUUUAUAAUAAAUGUGAUUGUA